UCGAUACCAGUAUCCAUGAUAGGGACCAAUACCACGGACCAAGAUAUUAUACCUUAGUCCGUGACCAAUACCAUGUCAAUCAUUUGUAAAUAUCGUUAUCAAUAUUAUCACAUCGACUAAUUCGAAGAAUUAUAAUAUAGCAAUACAUGUUAACAUAGAAUAAAGAUAAUGUUAAAACUUAAAAUAACGUUAUAAAUGUCCAUAAUAUUAAAUCUAAUUUCAAACUUCGACUGUGACACAACGAAGUUGGGUUAAUAAGAUUCCAAGAAAUUGGGCUAAACUAGUUUUAUUUAAAUACUAUCAUGGAUAUCGGAGAACUGUUGGACUACAAACCUGCUAACACUCCAAAACGACCACUACCUGAAGAAGAAGUUAAUCAAAUUCAAGAAAAUGAGACAGAUUAUGAACGACAGAAAAAACUUAGACGAUUAGCCAAACAUCGUGUUCAACAAAUAGAGAAACAAGAGCAAGAACGAUUAAAAGCAGAACAAGAAAGACUCGUAGAAGAACAGCGAAUGAAACAAGAACGGCAAGAUAUGGUGCAAAAACUAGUUGAUGAAAAUCUUGCUGGUACUGAUGACGGGGUCUUAGAUGAAGCAGCUUUAAAACGCAUGAUUUUAUUGUUUGAAAAAAAAGUGCUGAAAAACCAAGAAAUGCGAAUAAAAUUUCCUGAAAAUCCUGAAAAGUUUAUGGAAUCAGAAAUUGAGUUGCACGAUAUUUUAACAGAAAUGCAUGCUAUAGCAACUGUUCCAGAUUUAUAUCCUGUAUUAGUCAACCUAAAAGCUGUAUUAUCUUUGUUAGAAUUACUUACUCACGAAAACACUGACAUAGCAGUUGCAGUUGUCAAUUUAUUACAGGAACUAACUGAUCUUGAUUCUUUAAAUGAAAAUGAAGAAGGUACAGAAAUAUUGAUUGAUGCAUUGCUCAGCAAACAAAUAUGUGCUCUAUUAGUACAAAAUCUUGAACGUAUGGAUGAAUCUGUGAAAGAAGAAGCUAAUGGUGUACAUACAACUUUAGGAAUAUUUGAAAAUAUUAUGGAACUAAGGCCUGACGUUGUGGUCGAUGUUGGUAAACAAGGUCUUAUUCCAUGGCUUUUAAAAAGAAUUAAAGCUAAAAUGCCUUAUGAUGGUAAUAAACUUUAUAGUAGUGAAAUCCUAUCUAUAUUGUUACAAAACAAUGAAGAGAAUAGAGCUUUAGUUGGAGAAAUCGGAGGCAUUGACAAUUUAUUACAACAACUAGCAUAUUAUAAAAGACACGAUCCUUCUUCCCCGGAUGAACAAGAAAUGAUGGAAAAUCUUUUUGAUUGUCUUUGUUCUUGUUUAAUGGAUAAACAAAACAGAGAUAGAUUCUUGAGAGGUGAAGGACUUCAGCUUAUGAAUCUUAUAUUAAGGGAAAAAAAAUUAAGCAGAAAUGGUUCAUUAAAGGUAUUGAAUCAUGCUUUGUCAGGUCCACAAGGCAAAGACAAUUGCAACAAAUUUGUAGAUAUUUUGGGACUUCGUACCAUAUUCCCACUAUUCAUGAAAACUCCUAAAAAGAACAGAAAAAGAAUGCUUAGUACAGAAGAACAUGAAGAACAUGUCAUUUCAAUAAUAGCCAAUAUGUUACGUAAUUGUCGCGGUACACAAAGACAACGUCUAAUGACUAAAUUUGCUGAAAAUGAUAUGGAAAAAGUUGAUAGACUCAUGGAACUUCAUUUUAAGUAUAUGGAAAAGGUUGAAAUGAUCGAUGCUGAAAUUGAUGAAAAGAACACUGGGGAAGAAGAUGAAGAUGAAAUCUAUUUGAAACGUUUAAAUGGAGGUCUAUUUUCUUUGCAACUGGUUGAUUAUAUUACUUUGGAAGUUUGUAAUAGUGGCCCAAACAUAAAAAAGAGAGUAACUCACAUUUUAAAUAUGCGAGGUGGAACAUUGAAAACUAUUCGUCAAAUUAUGAGAGAAUAUGCUGGAAACCUAGGCGAGGAUGGGGAUAAAGAAUGGCAGGAACAAGAGCAACGUCAUAUAUUAAAAAUGGUUGAUAAGUUGUAAAUUUUUAAAAUUAAGAUAAUGUUACAUACUACGGUUGUAAAAAAAAAUACAUUAUUGUAUGAAUUGUAUUUAAUUAUACCAACUUGAACUACCUGCCACUAAUUAAUUAAUUCUUGAUAAUUUUUUUAUUAUACUAUAACAAAUUAGACAAAUAUAAAAUGUCAAUAAACAGAAUUUUAUUUGA